GGUCAUUUCCAAUUUUCCAGGUUUGAUGUUCAAGAGACUCCUCAAAUUGAGGCAGAAAUUCUAUCUCUACACUACCUUCUACAAGUGAAAUUUGUGGGAGAGAAAGUAGGAAUUUUAAUUUUAGAUAUCGAGAUGUCAAACGAUGAAGCCUCUAGUGAUAUAGUUUCUCAGUCUGAGGAGAUUCCCGCAGCCCCUAUCCGAAUUCCAGGGUUGGAGGCAAUUGUGCAGACUUUGGCAACCGCUUUACGACAGACUAGACGGUCAUCAAUUUUGAAAACAUUAUAUGAAAUUGGACCUGAGCAGUUCAGGGGAAGGCUUGACGAUGACCCAGCUAAGGCCGAUUACUGGUUGGAACAAGUAGAGAGAAUUUUCACUUUUAUGCCAUAUUCGGCAGAGGAGAAAUUACUGUGCGCGGUAGCACUACUGAGAGAUGAGGCUUACAGGUGGUGGAAAGAUGUUAUCCAGGUCGCGGUUGCCGGAACAGUGACAUGGGAAUUCUUCCGGGAGAAGUUCACCGAACGUUAUAUUGGGGCGCUAUACUUGGAGGAUAGGCGAGAGGAAUUUCUACACUUGGUUCAGGGGAGUAUGUCAGUCCUACAAUACGAGACUGAGUUUCAUCCUCUCGCAAGAUAUGCACGGGAUAUAGUUUCAACACGCAAAGACAUGUGUCGUAGAUUCAAAAGAGGAUUGAACAGUAGCAUUCAACUGGCAUUGCUGGGAAUAGAGACCUCGGAUUUAACUAAAUUAUUUCACUUCACACAGGCUGUUGAGCGGUUAAAGGCAGAAGAAGAAGCUGAAAGAAAUGCUAAGAGUCGGGGCAAAAGGGCUGCAGAAUCUUCCCACCCGGCAUCCCAAUAUACGGGAAAAAGAUUUAGAGAUUUCAGGGGAAGUAGAAACUCAGCACUUAACAGAUACCCUGCAUGCAUGCAUUGUGGGAAAUGCCAUAUGGGCGAGUGUCGAAGAAUGACUGGAGCAUGUUAUCGAUGUGGGUUGACGGACCAUUUCUUUAGAGAUUGCCCAAGGAAGCAAGUAGCAUCUGCGAUGAGGUUAGCACCUGCCGCACAAGAAAUCCAUGGGACAGAGACCGACAACAGGAACCAUUCCCAGGCCAGAGCAGAGAGCCCCUGACACUGCCAUUCGGUCUCAAGAGGAUCACGCUGCUACUGACAUUUAUGGGUACAUUUAUGCUAUCUGAUGUUCCUGUUAUAGCAUUAAUUGGUCCGGGUUCCAUGCAUUCUUAUAUUUGUGCCAAAGAUAUAAAAGAGCAAGAGCAUGGCCUGCCUUUUAAGAACACUAAAAAUACAAUGUAAUAGUGUCUAACCCUCUUGAAAAUAUGUAUUUAUACGUGACUAUGUGUAUGCACCGCCUCACGAUAGGCUAUGUGGGCUGUGGAUGUCCAUUAUUCUACUUUGAAAUAAAUAAAAAAGUAC